AUGGCUGGUAAGUCCAACGCUCCCAUCGCGCUCGCGCUCGCCGCGUUCGCGAGCGCGACGUUCGCGUUCCCGCUGUGGUACUGCUACGCCCCGAGCAAACCGAUGUGGACGCAGGACGAGAGUCUGAGCGUGGCGGCGGUGCGACGAGGGGCGUUCAUGAACAGCGGAUCGCGAGACGUCGGACUCGAUCGAGGGAAACCGGCGUGA